CAUCGAUUCGUGACGUUACCUUCCUCCGCAGGUUAACCUGUUUAUAUUUGUAAUGUUCCGCCAGGCUUUGAAUUAGUGUAAGUUCUAAUUAACAUCUUGAAGUCAUAUAACAUAUAAUGGAAAAGUCAGAAGAAAAUAACUUUGACCUCGUUUACCAUACUUUGAAAGACAUAGGAUGCUGCCAAAUGUGCUGUUUAAGGUUCAUUGGAGAGAAAACCUCUUAUUCUUAUCUAAAUGUUGAAGAAAUAAUAAAAAAGAGGGAAAUAAUUUUAAAUGAAAAAGCUAUAACUGGGAACAAAAUACAGAAAGACAAUGCAUGUGCAGCAUGCCUAGGUCUUAUUCAGAAACCAUACUGUGAUAUCAUCGUAGAAAGGGUUUUAAAAGAUUUAGAAGAAGCUGAUUAUGAUUGUGAUACAUUUAAUAUAGCCCUCACUCUGCCUGUGAGUUUUCAACUCAGAGCUCAUUCUAUGUUUCUUUACCUUCAAUCCAAAUAUCCAAAGUUUUCCAAUUUUCAUUUUCCCCUUGGUGUUGUGACAGUGGGAGUCAAAGAUGUGUGGAAAUGGGUAUUUACCCCUGUUAUUGCAAAGUUGCAAAAUAAGAAAUUUUCCACUUCAUCUGAUUUAACUAUUACAGUAGCUUUGAAAUAUGCUGAUGAAGAAAAAGAGUGUAUUUCCUUAUUUUCUAUGUUCCCUGACAAAUUCAGCAGAACCAAAAACCGUAAAAACCAAGGUAGUUUUGACAAUUUUUCACGUAAGAGUGCUGAAACGUCUCUGAAAAUUGUUGACUCGGAUAAAUUCUCUGAAUGCUAUGCCGUACCUCCUGUAAUACCAGAUUCCAAUAUUGUAUAUGAUAGCAUAACUAUGUUGCAUAGUUCUGUUUAUAUUGCUGGAAGAUAUAACAAGCUAUCACGUGUUUUGCCACAGACGCCUUGGCUUAUAAAUGGAGAAAGAAAACUUGAAGGUUCUGUAGAAGAGUUGAUAUCAGGUCCAAUGAAACGUAUUAUCAAAUCUCAAGACACACGUUUUGCGGCAUCUGGGAGAGAAGAUGUGGAUGUACGUACUUUAGGACGUGGAAGACCAUUCUACGUUGAACAUAUUGACCCACACAGGGUCCAAAUUGACUUUGGUACUAUGAGGCAACUGGAAGAUGAUAUUAAUAAAGAAGCCAAUGGUGAGGUAUUUGUCAGGGACCUACAGUUCAUUGACAAAUCUGCACUGGAAAUGCUGAAAGUUGGAGAAGAAACUAAGACUAAGGAAUACAGAGCUCUCUGCUUUCUUCUUGACCCGAAAGAAAGAGACAAUUGCAAUAAUAGACUUAAGGAUCUUUCAUCGCAGUUUCCUGUCAAACUCCAACAAGCUACUCCUAUUAGGGUACUACACAGAAGGCCUGUAGCUGUCAGAGAAAGAACUAUUCAUUGGCUCAAGACUACUCUUCUUCGGGAAGAUAAAGAUGUGUUUACAAUCAGCUUGAACACACAAGCUGGAACUUACAUUAAAGAAUUCAUCCACGGUGAUUUUGGAAGGACCAAGCCUUGCCUUGGAGAGCUCCUUGGCGGAAUUGAUGUUGAUAUUCUAGCUCUAGAUGUUGAGGAUGUACUGUUGGAUUGGCCUCCAGAAGUGAGCUCCAAGAAAGAACAGUUAUCAGAAUCCUAAUAUUUUCUUCAUGGUGAUAGAAAAUCAUCUUAAUGAUUAAUAUUUUUUAUAUCACUGUUUCAGCAAAGUUUGGCAACUCUCUUUGUAGUCAUAAUUUACUUUUAUAGUUUUUACAUGUUAACUGUUUUUUUAAAUUAUGUACUUAAUGUGGAUUUUUCUUAUGUUAAGAGAGAUCCUUAAUUCAUCUGUUUUAGAGAAAAAAGAGAUGAAGACAAUGUUAUACACAAUAAAUAAAUAUAUUUUUAUUUAUUACCA